GCGAAUUGCUUGAUCUGUUCUAUCCCUGUGCCCACCCUCUCCCUCUUACUGUUUUGCGACUAUUCAGACUAGCCAGCCUUCAGUAGCAGUUUUCUAAUGCCAGCAGGGCAAGCCACGAACAGCAGCCACGACGCAGCAAGAGGAUCGCAGAUCGCCAACAGCAACAACAACCUGCAGUUCGACAGCAGCCACAGACCAGCACUUCGAUGGCGAUCACGCCUAACAGCGGAACAUCAUCUGAGACUUCGACAUCUAGCAAUGCCGAACCAUUGUCGGUCUGUCCGGUUCAAGGGCCGAACGAGUCCAUCACGGACUACCUUCAGAGAGUGCAGACCUAUACGGCCGCACUAACCCUUGCCAAGGAACGACAAGAUGCUGCCGAAGCAGACAAACAGCGGUUGGCAGCAGAAGCUGCAGCCCAAGCCCAGCGACAAGCUGAGGCGGAGCAGUUGGCGGCCGACAAGCUCAACGCCGACAGUGCCGACCUUCUGAUCGCUCAACACGAUAAGUGGGCCGCUGUGCUCAACGAGAUGCGUUAUGUCCCCGUAGCAGGCGUCGAGCCGACGGCAGUAGAGCAGGAGAGACAAAACCUGGCAGACAUUUUACUAUGCACGAUGCGUGCAGUUAUCUGGAACAGCACCAUGGGGGACCUUCAUUCCAGGUCUACACGGCAACUGCAGCAUAAUCUUAGCCAUAACGUGAAGACACUUGCAGUAGCCGUUAAGGUCGCGGACUCCCAGCUGCAACAGAUGGACUCCCGCAUUGCUGCUCUGGAGGCAAGGCCUUCCCAAGUAGCGCCAGGCUGCACACCAGACAUAGCGAAGCAGCUCGGCGAGCACAUCGACCAUGUCGUCAAUCUAAUCGGCGAACUAGGUGCUUUCACAGGUCCGGACACGAUCAGCAGCACGGUGGCCGUCAUUAAGACGCACAUCACCAAACUGCAGACAAGACCGGACGCCGCUACAAAGAACUACAAGAUGCCGCACUUCAACAUCAGCAAGUUUGACGACUACAACAAGACUGACGCCUUGGCACGGUGGCAAGGUUUCCUCACGGAAGCAUCCUGCCGCACUGUCCCGGCUGAAGACAUGAUGAAGGCGCUCUACCUCCAACUGAUUGGAGGAGCACAGGUAUGGAUGAACCAUCUUGCGGCUACCAAGAAAUGCACCAUCGCCGAACUCCACACGCACAUUCCGUGGAAGGAGUUUGAGCAACUAUGGUUCACUCGAUUCAUGGUCCGCAACGUCGUGAAGGCGGCCAUGAACGAGGUUUACACCAGCUCACAAGGAAGCAUACCAACUCGAGACUGGACGAUCAAGUGGCAGAAGAUAGGUACCACGCCAGGCUUCGAUUUGAGUUUUCCAAACCAACGAUCCGAGUUCUUCUCACGAUCGUGUGCAGGACUGCGGUCGGCACUCGGCAACGAGUACGACUAUGCCUCAUUCCAGGCUAUUCUGGAUCGUGCAAACCUGGUCAUCCAAACGGAUGACAAGGCUGCUAACGAACGACGGUCCCAACCGCACUAUGUGGCUAAGCAGGGCUAUCAACGACCGACACAUAACAAUGCCGUCAUUUAUGAAGAAUCAGUCGAUCUCCACGCUGCAGCAGCAUCUUCGAGUGAUGGAGGAACUAUCGCAGCGCUCCCGCUGAAGCGCCCCAAGAGAGUUCGGAAGAACAAGGCGACACAAACGACGACAUCGACGGGAACUGGGCAGCGACCAUGGACGACGUUCAACAUAACCAAGGAAGUAUUUGAUCUUCGUCAACGACCAGCCGCAUCACCGCCGGACCCACGCAUUUCUCACCUCUUGGACGAGUAUGGAGACGUCUUCGAGGCUCCCACCGGAACGGUUCCAGAUCGGCCCAUACGUCACAGGAUCACUCUCGAGACUGACGCCGUCCCUCCGCGUGGAUGCAUUUACCGCAUGAGCGAAGAGGAACUUGAGGUGCUUCGCGCACAACUCGACGACCUCCUUGACAAGGGUUGGAUUCGCCCUAGUUGUUUGCCUUACGGUGCCCCUGUUCUCUUCGUUCGGAAGAAGAACAAAGAUCUACGGUUAUGCAUUGAUUAUCGAAAACUUAACGCACAAACCGUAAAGAACGCCGGCCCUCUCCCUCGGAUUGAUGAUCUCCUUGAGCGGUUAGGCGGCGCGACGUACUUCUCGAAGUUGGACUUGAAGUCGGGUUACCACCAAAUUGAAAUCCAGCCUCAAGAUCGGUACAAAACCGGGUUCAAGACGCGGUACGGGAACUUUGAGUGGGUUGUCAGGCCAUUUGGCUUCACCAAUGCCCCCGCAACUUUCCAAGCAGCUAUGACGACUAAGUUUCGCGACUUGCUCGAUCGCAGCGUCCUCAUCUACCUCGAUGACAUCUUGGUUUAUAGUAGGACGUUGGAUGAGAACAUCGUACACCUUCGCGCUGUUUUGGAUCGUUUGCGACUGGCCAAGUACAAAGCGAAUCUCGACAAGUGCGAGUUCGCCAAGCAGGAGCUUGAGUACUUGGCCCACUAUGUCACGUCGAAAGGCAUUCGUCCCUUAGCGGACAAGAUCCAAGCCAUCUGUCACGAGGACGGUUGGCAUCCGGUUGAGUAUUUCUCCCAAAAGGUGCCUCUCGUCAACACUCUCGACGACGCUAGGAAGAAAGAGCUACUCGCAUUCGUCACCGUUCUCAAACGGUGGCGCCACUUUCUUCUCGAUCGUCGGCGUUUUAAAUGGAAUACGGACAACAAUCCGUUGACCUUUUACAAAAUGCAGGAUACGGUCACUAGCACGAUCAGACGAUGGAUGUAUUACAUCGACCAGUUCGACUUUAACCCGUGCCACAUUCCCGGUCCCGCCAAUCGAGUUGCGGACGCCCUCUCACGACGGCCCGAUUUUUGUGCCAUUGUGACCGCGGCAUUCGACCUCGAUGACGAUCUGCAGCCGCAUUUCGUCAAAGGCUACAAGUCCGAUCCGACUUACUCUACGCUUUACGCGGAGCUUUCAUCGGAUCACCCGCCGGCUAGUCAUUAUUGGAUUUCCGACGGGUUCCUUCUCCUUCACACGAGAGGAAAGGACUUGUUAGUUGUGCCCCAAGCUCGCAUCUUACGGACUCCUCUUCUCGGCGAAUUCCACGACGCACGACUUUCGGCACACCUUGGCGUAAAUCGCACAUUAGCACGCCUCCUCCAACGUUUUCACUGGCCCGACGUCCUUCACGACGUCACGAGGUACAUUGAGUCAUGUGCAGUUUGCCCCCGUAACAAGGGUCGAUCUCGAGUCCCCUUCGGCGAACUGAAACCGUUGCCGAUUCCUCGGGCACCGCGCCUCUCCAUUGCUAUGGACGUGACAGGCCCGUUCCCCCGCGAUCGCCUCGGCCAUGACGGUAUUCUCACGGUCGUUGACCGUUUGAGCAAGUAUGCUCGCUUCCUUCCUUGCAAGUAUCAUGCUGCAGCACCUGAGCUCGCACGACUCUGGCACACCGUUUGGAUUACUAUGACAAUGAAGCCGAGCUCGGCUCGACACCAGCGGACGGAUGGCCAGACGGAGCGAGCACACCAGAUCGCUCAGAUGAUGUUGCGUACGCUCAUCCGUCCCGACCAGAAAGAUUGGGUUGACCGGCUUCCCGACAUCGAGUUCGCCWAUAACACUUCGGUGCACCCGGCGAUCUGCGUCACACCAUUCGAGUUACAUCAUGGUGGAGAGAAAGCACGGAUCUUCGCUGAUCUCCUUCUACCACGGGCCGCCGACAUAGACGUCCCUUGCUCUGCUGCUUCCGUUCGGAAGUACCGGGACUUGCUGAUUAAAGCUCGCGCGAAUAUGCAAAAGGCUCAAAUCCGCAUGCAGCAGCAAGCUAACCGACGUCGACUUCCAUGUCCUUUCCGCGAGGGAGACCUUGUUUGGGUCCUCUCCGAGGAAUUUGCGCUCGAGCAGGACGUUUCGUGCAAACUCCUUCCGAAAUGGUUCGGACCAUGGGAAAUUACUUCUGCCGUUGGAGACGACCCCACAGGUCCUUCCUUUGUGGUCAACAUUCCCCCGCACCUUACAGUGCACCGGGUCUUCCACGCGUCGAAGCUGGCCAUCUACACGCCACCUUCCGCUGACGAGUUUCCGGACCGACGAUCACAGGAUCCGCCUUCUAUGGACGGACAUCAGGAAGUCGACCGAGUCAUCACGCACCGCAAGUAUGGCAACAAGCCAAUGCAGUUCAAAGUCACAUUCAAGCAAUGUGCGCCUAACGACACUCGGUGGAUCUCCCGAGCAGACUUGCAGACUUCUGCACCCCUGAUCUUCGCCGACUAUGAGAAGCGACGACUUGCCAAGGAAGCAGUUCGUCCCGCCCGACCCACCCCGGUAUCGGACAGACAACUCCGCCCUCGCAGGUUUCUGUCUGAAGUCGAUGAAGAUCUGCAACGUAUGAUGGCUGCGGGGUACUGGGCAAUACAUGAUCUUCCUGCUGCUCUUCUCCCACCGGAAGAGCAAGCAUUACGAUCAUCCAUUCAUCCCCAGGUGCCAAUGAUCACCAUGUCUUCUGCAGCAAAAAAAAAGGGUCACCCCCUGCGCAGAUCAUCGCAGAAGUCGGUCCGCCUUUCUGUACGCAAGCAACCAUCUUACAAGACGGGAGAAGGUGGCAAGGAUGAUGGUGCAGCAUCCGCAAAAGCGGCGGACGGCCAUGAAACCGCUGGUAUGCAGAAUGUAUUCACAUCUCCUCUGUUCACCUUGGAUUUUACUACUCAGGGAACCCCCAAAGGGCAUCUCUCAUCAUCGGAGAUGCACAGAGGUGAUUCUCAGGCAGAAGAAUCACCAGGUCCAUCCAGCUCUGCAGAUGUUACAUCAUCAGCACACACACCAUCCACUGUACCUGCAGCUGAGCCGGAAGCGCAGGAGUCCUUGCCCGAAUAUCCACCAACGGUUAGCCAGUCUACACAUGAGAUCCCUGACGAGGAUUUCAACCCCACUACAGCAUCAGAACCGUCAACCCCGCAGUCAUCAACAGAGGAUGAUGGGCCCCAGCCAGCUGCAGAGGAACCAUCCAAUGGCUUGGAACAGGCUACAGGAGACAAGGGUUCCCUACCCCCCUCAGCAUCACUGACAGAUGAGGCAGGAACACCACAAAGUCCCAUCAUGGAGGGUAGCAGUUCAGUCGUUCCACCCCAAGCAGACACCCCAACAGGUGAAAGCGGUGAUAGGUCAGCGAUGCCCCCCCAGCCAGCAUCCCAACAGGCUGAAGGAGGGUGGAGUUCAUUCCUGCCCAUCCCCUCCCCAAAGGCUCUGAUGAGUGGCCUGCUUUCUGCGCUCAAGGCCCGAGGUGUUGGUGGAAGCCCAGCUACAUCCCCCCGUAUACUCUCCGAGGGGCCAUCAAGCAGUAUAACUCCAAAAGGCACGCGAAAAAGGAUGCCUUUCCCCCUCCCAGGCUCCUCUGAGGCCAUAUCCUCUGAUCAAGCUUCCCAUCUGACAAAACCGCAAACGAAGUUGAAGAUACCAGGUGACAGCUCCACACCUGCAGAUUCACAGAAGGGUGCGGCAGAUAGCAUUGGCUCACCAGGUUCUGGAAAGAAGCUAAGACUGCUAAUGCUGGAGAUUGGACGCCCAAAGAAAUCCAGAGACUUCAAGGGCACACACGACAGGUCCAAAAAGGACCACUCUCCGGAAAAGGGUCCUGAAAAGGGAUAUGGAGCUGAGGACUCAAACAGCCCAAGGAAGGAGGUCGUGAGCCCAAGGAGCUCAAGUGAGUCAAAGGGUACCGGUGAAGAAUCCCAAGAGGGUCACUCUCCGGGCAAGGGACCGGGAACAGGAGAUGGACCUGAGGGCUCGAGCAGGCAGGGGUAGGAUGCUGUGCACCCAAUGAGCUUCAGAAGAGAGUCAGGGUACCGAUGAACAACCCCCAAAAGGGUCCCUUCUCGGGCAAGGGACCCAA